UUGACCAAUGACAUAAAAAACAUGAUCUGGGAGGGAGAUAGAACUAAGUGUGCCACCUCAAAGCAGCAUACUUAUGCAGCAAACAUAGGGCUUGUAUGCUGGAAAUCUGCCACAACUAGGUCUAGGGGCAUCUAUAGGCUAAUCUCAUUCUUUUCUGCUUAUGAGCACAGAUUUGAUUCUUUUACGGACUGGGUGUUAUUGGUCACCAUCCUAAUUAAUCCUAGAUGCUGGAGCAUUUAUCUUUUCUGUCAUGGAUAUAGAGGACUGUAGUGAACAGCAGAGUGUGGGUGUUCAACAGUCUUGCUUACGUGUGCACUAUAUGUCUCAAACUACCUACGUUAAUAAUGUUGCUUUAUUUCUCAAGAGCAUGCCAUUCCCUGUGGAUAUAUUGAGCAGUUACAGUCAUGAAGACUUGGAGAACUCAGCAGAGGUCUACCUCUUUCAGCUUCGGUGGAGGAAUCCAAACUUUCCUGAAUUCUUUUCUCUGCCAGACCACCGUAAGGUUCCUAUUAGCUUGACAUCUGUGGGCUUUGUUCCUCUUUAUGGUGAAGAGCAGACACACAAAGUUCUUGCACUGUUUGCACCAUGGGACUCGCUCACAGCUGUAGCCCUGUAUCUUGCUGACCAGUGGUGGUCAAUUGAUGACAUUGUGAAAACAUCUGUCCCUGCUAGACAGGGGCUUCAUCAGGUGAAGUCUGUUGGAGAGAGAGUUGUUCUCUAUGUUCUGAAUAGAAUUAUCUAUCGAACACAAGAAAUGGAAAGAAAUGAGAUCCCAUUUCUCUGCCAUGGUAGCAGCCACUACGCUAAGAUCAUGUGGAAAAAAGGAGAGGCUAUUGGGUUCUAUUCCGUUAAACCUACAGGAAGUGUUUGUAGCUAUCCUCUUUAUCAGAAGUAUAAGUUGCCAGUGCUAGACACAAUGUUUGUUAGAAAGAAACAUCGUGGGAAAGACUCUGGUCUAAUCAUGUUGGAAGACUUUGUGGAUUCCUUUACUGAGGAGCCUCUUGGCCUACGAUAUCCACUGUCAUCCUUCCUGUAUACAGCUUGUAAACAGUACCUUGAGAAGUACCCUGGGGAUAAAAACCUUUUGUGGCAAGUGGAGGGAGGCGGAGAUUGGUUCCAGAGAAAGUCUAUUAUGUCCAUAGUGCAAAAAGAAAAUCUCAGAAUUGCAGCAGAGGCCUCAAAGAAGGAAAAUAAGAGUUUGCAAGCAGAGGAUAAUUUUCGUCAGUCUGCAGUGCCUGAAGCAAGUGGACCAGGGACUGAGGUAGAAACACAGCUAAAUGCUGACUCUCAGAAAGAUAAAGAAUCAACAGAUGUCCAUGCAAGCACAUCUGAAGACCCUAAUGUAACACAUGUUCCCAUCUGGACACGGAGUGGUCAGUUAAAACGUCAGAAGCUAAAUAAAUAUAGACAGAAACCUGGACUUGAAACUUCUCAACGAGAUGAGGAAAAUGUUCUUCAAGUGUCCAAAAGCAGGCCAGAACUUCUUGCCCACGCAUCUGAAAGCCCUGAAGACUUAGUAGAAGUGCCUAAGUUGGAUACUGUUGAGAAGGAUGAAGAAAUAAUUGUUGAAAAUGAGGGGCAGCCUGUACUGGAAGCAGAAAUGCAUGUAUCACCCUCUGAGAAGCAAAGUGAGAUGGAGGAAAUGCCAUCAGAACCUCUUAAUGGUGAGGUAGCAGAAGAAACUGGUAAGACCUCACUCAUGUCUGAAGGGGAGACAGUAAAUGAAGUUCCAAGUGGCGAAUUAAAAUUGCUGUCUGAGAAUCAAGGAAAAGAACCUGUAACACUGUUUGUUCCACUAACCCCUGAUGCUCCAGCAAAACUUCCAGAAGACACUGAAUCAGAAAAGGUUUUAAAUGAAAAUGAUUCAGAAAUGCUGACUGAAGAAGUUACAUCAGUAGAGAAGGAGGUCACUGAAGAACAGCAAGAAUCCGAAAAGACCACCAGUGAAAACACAACUGCUUUGGCGUCGAAGGAAGAGCCUUCUGACAAUGGCCUGCCUAACUCUGUGGUAACUGAAGCAGCAGAAGAACCUGUUUCUGAAAACUUACCUUCCUCAUUAGAAGAUCAAAAUGAGGAAGCAGGGCACAAUUUGCAGGAGGCCCCUGCUGCCUUGAGUCAGAGCUCUUUGGUAAUGACUGAACUUGAGGGUGUUUCUUUUCAGCAGCCUUCUGGACAGGAAGCACAGAAGAACCAAUUGGAAGAGCCCUCAGAAGAGUCUACAGAGCAGGCGGAUCACUACACGCAGACAGUGGCAGAGCGGGCUGCUGACAGCAGCUCUGAGGAAGCAGAAAUUGAGGUGCCCAUUGUAGAUCGGAGAAACUUGCGAAGAAAGGCUAAAGGCUACAAAGGUCCACCCAAGAAAAAAGGAAAACCUGCUUAAAAAUCAAAUAGUGAUAGUUUAUCUAUUUAUAACAAGGCUAUUUUGUGUAAAACAUUUGGGUGUAACUGCACCAUAUCUGGCACAGAGCACACGUUUAAAAUUCUGGAUUGGAUUUCCUCUUGGGUUCAUCACCUUUCCUCAAGUUUUGGUUUGUUUGCAUUUUAAAUUUAACCACUAGAAAUUUAACUUAUUCAUAGUAUGAAAGUAAAUAGUCAUUCCCCUCCCUUCAUAAAGGACACGUGUUGAAUAAAUACAGUUGUGCUAUCAAAGGGAAUGGUUUGUAUAUUUGAGGUGGUAGUCAUGGAAGAAAAAUGCAGUGUGAAAUCCUGGCUCUGUCAAGGUCGCUUAAAUUGUUCUACACUUCUAUGUCAGUGGACAUCAAGUCAGAUAAUUUCUUUUUAAAUAACUUUGUGUUCUCUACUGUGGAGAAAAGCAGAACAAGAAGAAUCCCUCAUUGUUUCUUGUUCCCUUCCCACAGGCUUAAGAGAUUAAAAGAAUGUAAGAUUCCUCAUUCUAGGUCUCAAAAUGUACAAGAAGGUGUAGCUCAGUAGAUCAAUGCAAUGUGAGCAGCACUUGUCUUUCAUGAGAAUCACUUGAAACAGCUGAGUCAGAAUGCAGUGCAGCGUCUGCCACAGCACUUCCUGAUAAUAGAUUUCUUGAGCAAAGAUUUAAGAGAUGCCUACACAGUAAACUAUUUGUAGCUUCCAAAGCAAGCAUUUUGGUAAGCCCAAGUUUUUCCAGAGUGUAGGAAAUGAAGCCUCCAUGUGGAAUCGUUUGAGCUUCCUUCCUAGCUUCUUGCAUGUGUUGAGUGGAUAGCUGAUUACUUGUUGCAUUACAGGAAAAGGAUAUGGCUACUCUUGAUCUUGUUUUGGUCUGAAUGGAAGUGGUUCUUUGUGUUUUCCAAAUACUUGGCUGGUGCUGUGGGGUAACUAUUAAAAUGUUGUGUCUUCCAGGUAUGACUCCUGUGAGCACUGACAUUUCAGUGGUUGUGAUAUUCAUUAGUGUGAGUAUUAGUAGGUAUUUCAGCAAAUGCUUUUUUGCCAAACUUCUAUGCCUUUAGAAGUUAGUGGGUGAUACCUUGCAAAUACUACUGAUUCCCACUUUUGUUUUCUAA